AUGCAGGAAGGGUCAACCCUUACAGGAGUAUCAGGGCAGCUCAGCAACUCCAGAUCCCAGGUGGUGGCACUGCUGGCUGAUGAGAUCCAGGUUUUUAGUCCAUCAACAGGUCCUUAUGCACAGAAUUCCUUCCAUCUUGCUUACGUCCUGAGAAACAAACUCAAGUAUGCCCUGACAGGCAGUGAGAUCAAGAACAUCUGCAUGCAGAGAUUUGUCAAGACUGGUGGUAAAGUUGGCCCCAAACUCCUCUACCCUGCAGGCUUCAUGGAUGUCCUCAGCAUUGAGAAGACAGGCAAGCACUUCUGUCUGGUGUAUGAUACAAGGGACCUUGCCCGUUCAUUGGUGCACAGCUGGAGAGGCCAAGUGGCCAUCCACACCUUCUACCUCUUGACCUGCCUGGAUGAGACAGUGAGCAGCAUUGCCACCAGUGCCCUGAAAGAGACUGACUGCAAGAGGUUUCUCCAGCAGACAUGA